UGCCAGAACCGUGUUCCUGGUCAUCCAAUCUAUAAAGUCGGGCACAAUUUAACUGGUUUUAACAACAUUUUAGAAGGUGGGAUAGUCCCUUUAACUUGAAAUUGACUCUCUUGACAGAUGAAAGAUCUCCACCACGAUCAUCUGGUGCGGUUCAUCGGUAUGAGCAUCGAGUCGCCGCACCAGGCCAUCUUUACCGAGUACUGCCCCAAAGGCAGUCUGCAAGACAUCCUGGAGAACGAGCAGAUCAAGCUGGACUGGAUGUUCCGCUACAGUUUGAUGCAUGACAUUGUCAAGGGCAUGGCGUACCUGCACAGCAGUGAGAUCCGGGUCCACUCCAAACUCAAAUCGUCCAACUGCGUGGUCGACAGUCGAUUCGUGCUGAAAAUAACCGACUUUGGUCUGCAUCAGCUCGACACGGACGACGAAAACCAAAACCUCGACUCGUAUGUGUAUUGGAAACGACGAUUAUGGACGGCUCCUGAGCUCCUGCGAACCGCGCAGCCCAUGGGCCACAUCCGCGGCACGCAGAAGGGAGACGUCUACUCAUUCGCCAUCAUCGUUCAGGAGAUCAUCAUGCGCAUGGGACCGUUCUUUGUGCACAACGAGAUAUCGCCAAAAGAGAUCGUCGAGAACGUGCGGAACGGCCAGAAGCCGCCGUUCCGGCCGGCCAUCGACGACGACAUGGCCGACGAGGAGGUACUGCAGAUGAUGCGACGCUGCUGGUCGGAGGACCCCGUCGACCGUCCCGACUUCCACGCGCUCAAAGGCAUCAUCCGGCGACUGAACAAAGACAAUGAAAGCGGGAACAUUCUGGAUAACCUGCUCUCCCGGAUGGAACAGUACGCCAACAACCUGGAGGCCCUGGUGGAGGAGCGCACUGCGGACUACCUCGACGAGAAGAGAAAAUGCGAAGAGCUUCUCUACCAGCUGCUGCCAAAGUCGGUGGCCAGUCAGCUGAUUGCCGGGAAGUCGGUGGUGGCGGAACACUACGACAGCGUCACCAUCUACUUCAGCGACAUCGUGGGCUUCACGGCCAUCUCGGCAGAGUCGACCCCGAUGCAGGUGGUAGAUCUUCUAAACGACCUGUACACUUGUUUCGACUCAAUCAUAGAAAGCUAUGACGUCUACAAGGUUGAGACGAUCGGCGACGCCUACAUGGUGGUCUCGGGUCUGCCGGUGCGAAACGGCAUCAAGCACGCCGGAGAGAUUGCCGGCAUGUCCUUGGCCAUGCUGGAGGCAGUGCAGAGCUUCAAGAUCCGACACCGGCCCGGACAGCAGCUCAAGCUGCGCAUCGGUCUACACACGGGUCCCGUGGUGGCCGGUGUGGUAGGCCUCAAAAUGCCUCGCUACUGCCUCUUCGGGGACACCGUCAACACUUCAUCACGGAUGGAAUCCAACGGACUGCCACUGCGGAUACACGUGAGCUCCACCACCAAGGAGGCGCUCGACAAACUCGGCAUGUUCCAGCUGGACCUUCGCGGCGAGGUUGAAAUGAAGGGUAAGGGCAAGAUGGUCACCUACUGGCUCCGACACAAGGAACCCACAGCCACCGACUUGAUUGAUAUUGACGGCGUGGAUCUACGAGAAACAAAGGUGUGACACUCGCGCCGUGAGACGGCGGUGUGAUUCUCGCGUCGACAGACUCCGUGAGCGAGAGGGCACCGCGUGCCGCCGAGGGCACGUGCCGACAUGUUGGCACACGUCUAACCUGAUCUGGGGGCGCCCGGCGGACGGGCGAGCGUCCGGCGGAGUUAUGUGCGAGUCUGCGUGACCUGAUGCUGUCUUCGGCUCACUCCGGUGCGCUCUGUAGUUUCACAUCGUGAUCGAUUCUCAGUGCGACUGUGCGACGCCGCGCCCCCUUCACGCAAUGUUUCGAGACGCCUGGGAGGCACCUAGGGCGAAUGAUAUGAUGUGUUGCUCUCUUGUUGACGAUUCAUACCUUUAGCGUGUGUUGACUGGCUCGGCGUGUGUGACCGUUGUUUCGUUCAGCUGCGCCGCGGCGCAUCUGAGCGCUCCUUCCGAUGUGAUUCUCGUGACAGCUCGCUGGUCGCGGGUGCUGUCUGCGUCGUUAUUGUUCGCUGUUCAAGGGCCGGUUACCGGCAACACAGAACCAUUGUCACGCGCACAGAGACGCGGGCGAGCGUCUCGAGAGUGACGGACGGAGCUUCUGAAGCGGGUACCUAACCGAACAGGCGGCGGAGAGCGCGCGACUGUUGAAACUCCAGCCCGGCCGUCGGUGUCUGUGACGGGCCCUCGCUGUGCGUGACGGAAAUGUGACACUUGGUGAUGACGUCACGUGACGUGUCGUGACGCAGGUGAUGACGUCACGUGACGUGUCGUGACGCUGGUGAUGUGUUGCGCAGUGACGUCAUACGGCGUGGUGUGAUGUCCGCAGAGCGCGGCGGACGUCACAGGGUAACGCGCGCGUGUGUGAGAGCGAGCGAGUGCCAACUCACUGUGAGAGAAAACUGUCUGUCAUCAGUGUCUGGUUGAUAUGGGCACAAAGCAAGGCGCUGGAGUUUGUUUUAUACAUGGAGGUAGAUAAAUAUACAUACCUUGUCUUA